GACGUCAAGGAAAGCCCAAAAAAAGUCAAGCCGAAGAUCAAGGAGCACGAGUACGAUCCGUGUUAAACCGGGUCACUACAUCAAGUCGCUAUCCAACACCACACAUAUUUCAAAUCCGUACAUCUCCACUGGUUCAUUGGGACGUCACGUACAUCAUUACGUCAAAGACGCAGUCAAGUCACUAUCCAAAUUGAGAUCCCUCGAGCGAUUGGAGGCGCGGUUGAUGUUGGUCAUGGACGAUCUCCAACGAUCUCCAACGAUCUCCAACUUCCAAGUCAAUGGCUCAAUAUCAUGGUACCCGGUGCUCCACCACAGUUUAUCUCUGUUCGUCCGAUGUUUUGAGUUCGAGAUGCUGCUCCCCCCCCUCCUCCCCGUACUUCUUCAGCCAACGAGCGACGAGAGCAAGACAUUGUCGGGAAGACACAAAUGGUCAAUUUGUGAGGAAUCGGAAGCCGUGGACACUUGGCUUUGCUUGGAGCUGUAUGGAACUUGCCUCCUUUUGAUGGCGAUUCGCGGUCGUGCCCACUGGCCAGUCAACGCCCAGCGGCCAGCCAAGAAAUCGAGCGAAAAGGCCGCAGUCAGCAAUGUGGGCGCCAGCCUAAAAGAGAAGGAUUGUAUCCUGGAUUCCUACACAUUUCGAUAG